GCAGUGCGCAGGCUACUUCAAUUUAUAAAGCGUCGGCUACUGUGGUGUUAUUAAAAAAAAUAAAAAAUUGUUAGCUAAUACAACAGUUAUUAAACUGAAUGUACUCAUGGAUUAAUCUAAGAAACUGCCGUAACAUCAAACAAUGCCAAUUAUCUCGUCGUACAGGAUGGAUCACAUAGUAGUACACACGCAGGAAUAACAAAGUUCUCAACUGAUGGUAUGGAGCAGGGGUUCCCAUACGUUUUCACUCAGGCCUCCCUUCCUGAAUUGGGUAACAUCCCGCACCCCCCUUGUGCGCACCACGUCUAUUUCUAUGGGCAUAAACACUGUUCAUGACUGAUUGUUCACACCCCUCUUGUUGGCGGAGAGCAAAUGUUGCAGGUUUAAAGCUUAUUCCUUGCAAUUCUACACAUGUCAUGUAGUGCAGGUCCAGAAUGCAUAGUGCUCAAUCCCUGUCAGUAUCAAGAUACAAUUCAACUACCCUGGCCUCCUAACCUCCCCUCAUCCUCACUGCUGAUCUUCAAGCACAGACUAGGGUAAAUGCUGCUGGAUCUGGCAUAAUGAGGUAGAUGGGGGAAUCCAAGAACAUGGUGUUGAAUGGCAGGCGGCAUUGCAGCAGAUUCUCCUGUGAUCGAUCCAUAACCUCGACCAGGUCCCUGCGACAGAGCAAGGGCUCCUUAAGAAGUAGGAGAUGUAGUCAACGUGUCAUCAGUUCUACCCUUGAGGCAGAGAGACGUUAUACCCCGUCGUCGGGUAUGACUCCAAAGGAACUCUGUGAGAAUGAUGACUUGACUACAAGCCUUAUUCUGGACCCCUACCUCGGCUUCCAGACCCAUAAGAUGAAUAGCAGGUUUCGACCCAUCAAGGACCGACAAGGACAUUUGAAGGAGGUGCUUGAGUGCUUUAAAAAACAUGACAACCUCGAGAAGGCCUUCCAUGCCUUGACUGCUGGGGACUGGUCAAGACCCCACUUUCACCACAAGACGAAGGCUCAGGGCAAACUCUUCAAAGAGCAUGUUUUUGUUUACCUACGAAUGUUUGCAACUAACAGUGGCUUUGAAAUACUUCCCUGCAAUCGUUAUUCCUCUGAGCAGAAUGGAGCCAAAAUUGUAGCAACAAAAGAGUGGAAAACCAAUGAUAAGAUGGAAUACCUGGUGGGCUGCAUUGCUGAGCUAUCACAGCAUGAGGAAAGCAUUUUACUGCGACAUGGUGAAAAUGACUUCAGUGUGAUGUACUCCACCCGCAAGAACUGUGCUCAACUGUGGCUGGGACCUGCAGCCUUCAUCAACCAUGAUUGCAGGCCAAAUUGCAAGUUUGUUUCCACUGGGCGAGAUACAGCAUGUGUCAAGGUUCUGCGGGAUAUUGAACCUGGGGAAGAGAUCUCCUGUUACUAUGGAGAUGGCUUCUUUGGGGAAAAUAAUGAACUUUGUGAAUGUUACACCUGUGAAAGACGCAGUGCUGGUGCUUUCAAACCGAAGACUGGGCAGUCUACAGCCACUCCUAUAAUCAACAGUAUGUAUGGCCUGAGAGAGACAGACAAACGGCUACAUCGACUUAAGAAAUUAGAAGAUGGCAAAUGCUCUGACAGUCAGUUGGACAGCUCUAAUAUGGAUCCAGACUCUCAGGAAAAUCGUGACACACAUUCAUCAUUAGGGAGGACAGCCUGCUCCAGUGUGACAAGGCUCGGUGACGCAAAAGCCCUAAGCAGGCAAACUCUGUCCAAAAUGCCUAUGCCUACCUCAUCAUUCAAUCAAAGACACUCAAAGAACUCCAACGUGCCAGAGAGACUAAACUCAAAGUCCGUAAAGCCUUUGCACAAGCUAGGAAGGUGUCAGGUAACUGCUCACAGGUUCCCCAUUGAGGUGGAAGCUAUGGGUUUGUGCCUUAAGGACCCCACAGAAUUAGUCAGUAACAGGGUCUCACGAAAGAGUGCGAUGGAUAAGCAAGGACCCAUGCAAGUGCUGGGAACAAGGGGUUGUCUUGUGCACUAUGCUGUGAAGGAACACAAUCAGAACUCAAUGAAAGACGGUAGUAGGUGCCCUGAUGGUGUAGCUUGCACUCACAGAACUCGCAGUUCAACCAGAGCAUCAGUUGGCACACAGGGGUCUGACAGCAUUAAUCUUGAACCAAACUGCGGUGUGGUUAGUAAGACCAAGCCUACAGACCUCGGAGAGUAUGUCACAGAUGGUCACUGGAUAAUCAGCCCAAGCCUGGAUAUCAAGUGUCCAAGUGAGACCUGUCCCAGACAGAGGCAAAUAAUAAAUCAGGAGGAGCAGCACUCUUUCAGACCAGCAUCAUUUCUCCAGGAGGAGAUUCCAGGCCUGCACCAUGCAGCACGUACCCCAGACAUAGCUGAAUGCAGGAAAGAGUUAAAAUGCCUGCCUGAUGGUCGUGAGUACUACAACAAUCUCUCUAAGGGAGACAAGCUUCUCCACCUUGGCAAGGGGAAGAAGAAGCAGCAGAUUACGCGCUAUGAUUCCCAGCUGAUCCUAGCCAACAACAGCUCAGGCAUUCCCAAGUUAACCCUGCGGAGACGAAGGGACAGCGGCAGCAGUAGGAUUGAGCCUGGUGAGUCUGACCCUGUCAAGUCCUCCAGCUCCACAAAGACCAGCAUGAAAUUUGUGAAGAACCAUCACCAUGCAAAGACCAAAAGGAGCUCUUAUGCAGCCAGAUGGAGUAAUGGGACUUUCAGUCCUGUGGACCACAUCCAUUCCUCCAAACAUGGCCUCAGUCCUGUGGACCACAUCCAUUCCUCCAAACAUGGCCUCAGUCCUGUGGACCACAUCCAUUCCUCCAAACAUGGCCUCAGUCCUGUGGAACUCAUCCAUUCCUCCAAACAUGGCCUCAGUCCUGUGGAACUCAUCCAUUCCUCCAAACAUGGCCUCAGUCCUGUGGACCACAUCCAUUCCUCCAAACAUGGCCUCAGUCCUGUGGAACUCAUCCAUUCCUCCAAACAUGGCCUCAGUCCUGUGGACCACAUCCAUUCCUCCAAACAUGGCCUCAGUCCUGUGGAACUCAUCCAUUCCUCCAAACAUGGCCUCAGUCCUGUGGAACACCUUCGCUCUUCCAAACUGAAGAUUCAGCUGCAGCAUGAGUGGGACAGCAGGAGGCUCAGCCAGUAUCGCCAUGGUAGUGCGCCCUUCACAGGUAUAGUAGAGAGGGAGGCAGGGGAGGUCUUUGGGCCCACAGUGGCAACAUUUGGAAUGCACGAUGACACAGAGGAAGACUCAUCCUCUUCAGAAGAAGAGGAUGAAGAUGUAUCUGACCAUGAAGAGUUUGACGAUGAUUUUAUUCCACUUCCACCAACAAAACGCCUCCGGCUCAUUGUUGGCAAAGACUCUAUAGAGAUUGAUAUCGCAUCAAGGAGACGUGAAAAUCAGUCACGAACAGUCAAUGCAUGAGCUCAAUGGGUCUUUAUUUAUGUCAAUAAAAGUAAAAUCACAUGCUGUUGUAAAAUGUUAACUAUUUUUGUACAUGGUGGAACUUGGUUCGUUGUUCAUAUUGUAGAAUGUGUACAUUUUACAUGGCAUACAAUGUGUAAGCAAUUAUUUUUAUAUCUUCAGCUUUAUUUUGUACAAUUGGUAAUUAUAUUUAAAGCAUUUUCUAGUUUGUGUUGGUAAACAUGCUAAAUGUUGCUCCACUGACAUCGCAAGAAUGGAACCUUUUGGGAACACACUGCAAACAAAAUGUGCUUUUGUUAACAUGGCAGCGUAUACAUGCAUAUAAAAUAAUAUGCAUUUUAUAUAUUGUUUUGAGAGCUUUUAAAAGGAACAUAAUUCUUGUUUCUUGCUGGAGGUAUGUGAAAAUGUUUGACUUCCAGUGAUUCCUGGGAGCUGGUCGCUGAUGUUUUAGUCCCGUUGUAAUCACUCAUUCCUUAAUCAAAAUGUGUUGGUGCUUGCAUAAUGAUUAUCUUUGUUAACUUUUUAGUUUGUGCAGAUGUGAUUAUUUUGGAUGUUAUUUUAUUUUUUGAUCACAUUUUUAUUUUUCUAUUAAUUUCACUUAAGUCACUCAAUUCUCAAACUGUAUAAUUUCUCAUUCUUUAUUUAGCAAUCACAAAUUCAGAACUUACUUGGUCUGGCUUAGAUAUUCAAACACUUUUCUCACUUUGAUAUUUUGUUCACCAUUUGAUCAUCAGUUCACCUGAAUGACUUUGUCUGCUGUGUCUGAAUUGGGAAUGGUGUGGUGCAUGUCUCAACUUUUUAAAUUGCUCUUUAUAUACUGGACCAGUCAAAAGUUUGGACACACCUACUCAUUCCAGGGUUUUUAUUUAUUUUAUUUUUAGUGGCUCAAAUAAAUGCUUCACAGAGUUCAAGUAACAGACACAUCUCAACAUCAACUGUUCAGAGGAGACUGCGUGAAUCAUGCUUUCAUGGUCAAAUUGCUGCAAAGAAACCACUACUAAAGGACACCAAUAAAAAGACUUGCUUGGGCCAAGAAACACGAGCAAUAGACAUUAGACCGGUGGAAAUCUGCCCUUUGGUCUGAUGUGUCCAAAUUUGAGAUUUUAAUUCCAACCGCUGUGUCUUUGUGAGACGCAGAGUUUGUGAAGCGAUGAUCUCCGCAUGUGUGGUUCCCACCGUGAAGCAUGGAGGAAGAGGUGUGAUGGCGUGGGGGUUCUUUGCUGGUGACACUGUCAGUGAUUUAUUUAGAAUUCAAGGCACACUUUACCAGCAUGGCUUCCACAGCAUUCUGCAGUGAUACGCCAUCCCAUCUGGUUUGCGCUUAGUGGGACUAUAAUUUGAUUUUCAACAGGACAAUGACCCAACACACCUCCAGGCUAUGUCAGCAUAUGUGGGAAUUCUUUCAAGACUUUUGGAAAAGCAUUCCAUGUGAAGCUGGUUGAGGGAAUGCCAAGCAUGUGCAAAGCUGUCAUCAAGGAAAAGGGUGGCUACUUUGUAGAAUCUAAUUUUGAAUUAACACUUUUUGUUAUUGUUACUACAUUGUUCCAUGUGUGUUAUUCCCUAGUUUUGAUGUCAUCACUAUUAUUCUACAAUGUAGAAAAUAGUUAAAAUAAAGAAAAACCCUUGAAUGAGUAGGUGUGUCCAAACUUUUGACUGGUACUGUAUAUUUUUAUACUAGGUUGAUUUAAAGUCUGUUGUACAACUUUGGACCUGUCACUAAUACUGUUUGCUGUCAUAUGUAGGCUACUGUCUGUAGUCUUGAUUACGCUACCUUUUUGAGUUGCUUGUAUAAUGUUGAGAAUUACAGCUGAAUUUGAUAAAACGUG